AUGCUCACCCCACGCAUCCUAGGAGCGGUCCCCAUCGUCCCUGUGUCGUCCAUCAAGGACUCCCUGACCUGGUAUGAGAAGCUGGGCUUUGUCCCCCGCACGGACGAGGAUGGCGACGCCGAUAACUACGCCCUGCUGACCCUGGGGCCGGUGGAGCUGCACCUGCGCCAGGUGAACUCCUCGGAGAAGUUGGACGCGGAGGCCAAUGCCAAUGGGGUUUAUGUCCGCGUGGAGGGGCUGGACGCCCUGCACGACGAGUUCAAGGGGAAGGGCCUGAGCAGCCUGAAGGGGGUGCAGGACACGCAGUGGGGCAUGCGCGAGUUUGCGCUGUCUGACCCGGAUGGCACCCUGCUGAGGUUUGGGCAGAUCAAGACCAACAGCUGA